AUGACGGAUUUGGAAAAAGUUUUUAUAGGUUUAACUGUAUUGUUCGUUAUCGUCACGUGCAGAUCCAGUGAUAAUAAUAAAAGAGAUAUAUGUAUUAAAGCGACUGAUAACUGUCCUAACGAGCAUAUUAAACUAUAUUUGUAUACAAAUAAAACUAAAGAUAACCCUGUUGAGCUUACGGAAGACUCAAUCAAAGAUAUCGAGUUCGCAAUGACUAUGGAUUUGAAAGUACUUAUCCACGGAAUCAAAGGAUCGAGAGACGAUGAUUUUAACACGGUAAUUAGAGACGCUUAUUUCUCCCAGGCCGAGUAUAACAUAAUCACGAUUGAUUAUUACGCUAUAGCGUCUUCAUUGAAAUGUUACACCGUCGCUCUUCAGAAUCUGCCAAUCAUUGCAAAAUGUAUUACACAAUUUCUGGUCGCGAUCCUCGAUACAUAUGAACAAUUCGAGUAUGUGCACGCCAUUGGAUUCAGCUUAGGAGGUCAAGCCGCUGGUCUCGUGGGAAAACUGUUGAAGGAGAAAGGGAAACUCCUGAACAGGAUUACGGGCCUUGAUCCAGCAAUACCUCACUUUGAAUUGUUUUGGAACCAAUUGGACCAACAAAGUGCGACCAUCGUAGACAUCAUACAUACAAAUUGCGGUGUUCUCGGACAAAUGAUGCCGAUUGGUACAGUUGAUUUUUACGCCAAUGGUGGAAUAACACAACCGGGAUGUGAUAGGACUAGUGCUGACAAAUAUAACAAGUAUUGGUACUUUUGUAGUCACGAGAGAGCAUAUAAAUUCUACGCAGAGUCGAUUUACCACGGAAUGGGCAUGUCUGGAUUUUAUGCGACGACUUCGAGCACCUUAAACCAGCUGUCAUUAUUGGGGCAGUUUAGUAGUUUUUCGGGAGCUAAAGUAUUGGUUGGAGAAUAUCUUGACCCUGGCACUGAAGGAAUAUACAACUUCUUAACCAACGAUAGUCCACCUUACGCUAAAGGAAAAUAUAGAUUUACCUCAUAUAUAAUGAGAUGGUUAUCUUAA